AUGCAAUUAGCAAUCACAAUAGAAAAUGCUGACCGAGACUAAUGUUCUCGUGACAAAUUUCUCGUGAUUCUUCUUGUUCUUUGAUAACGGGCUAAAUACAUAGAAAGAACAUGGAAUUCCUCGUUCUUGUUUUGUUAACGCUCUGCAUCUUUUCAAGUCAGCUAUCGGCUAAAAGUAUUCAAAAUGUUUUUAAUUUUGAGAUGAAAGAAAGUAGAAAUGAAAUUCUUGACUUCAUCGAAAGAAUGAAUGCGAAGCAGACCCCGAAAGCGACAAGGAUGUUGGGGUUUACUUAUAACCCAUGUCCAGGACACCCACAAGGCACAGCAGUGGUGAAAAGCCUGGAUUUUGAGCCGAACCCUCUGGUGUUCCCAGGGCCGCUGACUGUCUCAUUCUACGUGGAGAAUGACAUGACUCUCACUUCCAAGUUAGCUGCUAAUGUCACUUUGAUUAGGGCGACAUCUGUUGGCAACCUUACUCUUCCUUGUAUUGCUAACAUUGGUUCGUGCAAUUAUGAUGACAUUUGUUCUAUGAUUAAUCCACCAGUAUGCCCGCCACCAUUUGUAGCGGCUAAGAUACCAUGCAGGUGUCCUUUUCCAAAGGGCAUCUACGAUUUUAGAAAAGGCACUACAUUUGAUGUGGGAGCUGCUGUGUUUCCUCCAGGACAGUACUAUGCCCGCAUUAAUCUGACCUUGAUGGACAAGAAGCCAACCUUUGUCGCUUGUUACGACAUAUCAGUGUCAUUUGGCUAAUAUACAGUAGGUUUCUGAAGAUGGUAAACACAACAGCACAUUCCUUCCAUUCUUUAUUGGGACCAGAUAGUAAUUUUAUAGAUGUUGUUAAAUAGAUUGCUUUUCUUUAUUUGAGUGUAAACUGCUCAUUUGUGACAUGUCGGAACAGUACUAUUUCAGAGCUAACUCUGGCACUCGCUAAAUUCAUCAAUUUGCAAAUUUUAAAAACAAUUGGCAAAUUUUAUUGUUUAAUUUGACGAACUAUUUACCUGUAAUAAUUGAUAUUUGGUUAGAAAACAACUGGGUUUCUGCCAUUUUUGCACACCCAGAGCUAGCCAUAUAGUUGAUUGUUUUCCAUGUUAUCACAAUAAUGUGCUGCACACAAUUAUUUUUGUGUUUUAGUUAAUUGUAAGGCAUCUGCAUGCCGAUCAACAUUGAUCAGUGAUAUUUUCCGUUAGUUUUAUAUAUUAGCUAGAAUUUAGAAUCUAAUUUACAUCAGCCAGUUAAUUAUUGAUAAAAAAUUGAUAAAGUGUACACAUAUUUUUUUUGCUUUGAGAUUCUUAAAUCUGCUUGCUUGAUGUCUUAGUUGCUUCUGUUGCAUUCACUAAGCUGCAGUUUAUAACUUGUUAUUUAUGAAAGACUUAAAUCACACCACCGUCAUACUAUUUGUCUGCACUGAGUAUGCAAUAAGUGCCUUUUCGUAGCUGCGUUCUGAUUGGUUAACUAGUCUUUGAGUUCUGAUUGUAUAAUUAUUGUGACAAUUCUAGACUCUUUUGAUGUGUAUAUUUGUCAAAUAAAUUAUUAAUAAUAUUAAUAAAUAAAGAUACAACACAUGUAUACAUGCAGCAGAUAGAAUGAAAAUAAACAUAUAUUUUUGUAUAAAA